GCGGCGGCUGAGCGGACCCCACGGGACCGCGCGGGUGUUGCCACCUCGGCCGAGGAGCCGGCGCGGCCGCGGGGCCCUGCGAGCUGGGCCCGGGGCCCGUGACAGACGGGCCGAGGAGGGGAGAGAGGCGGCGGCGGCGCAGGCGACGGGGAGGCAGCGGCGGCGGCGGCGACACCAUGUCAUCCCCCAGUCCCGGCAAGAGGCGGAUGGACACGGACGUAGUCAAGCUCAUUGAAAGCAAACAUGAGGUGACAAUCCUAGGAGGACUCAACGAAUUCGUUGUCAAGUUUUAUGGACCACAAGGAACACCAUAUGAAGGCGGAGUGUGGAAAGUUAGAGUGGAUCUUCCUGAUAAAUACCCUUUCAAAUCUCCAUCUAUAGGAUUCAUGAAUAAAAUUUUCCACCCCAACAUUGAUGAAGCGUCAGGAACUGUGUGUCUAGAUGUAAUUAAUCAAACUUGGACAGCUCUCUAUGAUCUUACCAAUAUAUUUGAGUCCUUCCUGCCCCAGUUGUUGGCCUAUCCUAACCCCAUAGAUCCUCUCAAUGGUGAUGCUGCAGCCAUGUACCUCCACCGACCAGAAGAAUACAAGCAGAAAAUUAAAGAGUACAUCCAGAAGUAUGCAACGGAGGAGGCCCUGAAGGAGCAGGAAGAGGGCACUGGAGACAGCUCUUCGGAGAGUUCUAUGUCUGACUUUUCGGAAGAUGAGGCCCAGGACAUGGAGUUGUAGUAGAAAAGCAUCUGCUUUUCAGAAAGACUAUUAUUUCCUAACCAUGAGAAGCAGACUAUAAUAUUCAUAUUUAAACAAAGCAAUUUUUUUUAUUACUAAACAAGGUUUUUAUGAAUAAUAGCAUUGAUAUAUAUAUAUUAUAUAUCACCCUUUA